GGGUGGAGGAGAUGGAGCUGCGGAGGGCGCAGCAUCAGCAGCGCAGCGGUCAGCAUCACCACACACAGGCAGGCACGCACAGCCAGGCAGGCAGGCAGACUCGACCUAAAUUAUUUUAAGUAGCGCAAUUAUACGAGAACUCCCCGAGGUAUUCGGCAGUCGGAGGAGGAAAUUAAUCAAGAAGUAGGGCGAAGUCAAUUGCGCGACUCCGAUGCGACAGAUGUUGAAAAACUCCGGUUGAAUGUAGACAGAAGAAGAGGAAGAGGAGGACGGAGAAGGGAAAGUGUCCUGAACAGAGAUAAACACGUUUUGUUCUCUUGGAGACGGACGAUGAGCGUCGGAGACGUGGAAGCUUUGCUGCGAUGUGUCCCCUUCACUGAAAGCUUCAGCUGGCCACUCUAAAAGGCAUGUUUUUCAUGGAACCACAUCUCUAUAGAGGACUUGACUGAAGUCUGAUUCCAACUUGACUGCCACUGGCUAUGAGAAUCUGCACUCCGAGACUGAAACGGCUGCGGGUAAGAUGUUAGUGGAGUCAGUCGUCCGAUGGGGGGCUUGGAGCAUUCUGCUUCAGUUUGGACUGGGUGUAUCUGCAGGAAGCUGUCCUCCACGCUGUGUGUGUCGACCUGAGGCAAAAGAAGUGAUCUGUUCCGGCAAACAUUUGAACUCAGUGCCAGAAGGCUUUUCUGGUGAUGCCAGACGUUUGGAUUUAUCCCACAAUAAGAUUAAGACUGUUGGGCGCCGCCAGUUCUCUGGUCUCCUGCAACUUCAAGAGUUGGAUCUCAGUGAUAACAUAAUCUCCAUGAUUGAGGUGGAGGCUUUCCAGGGCCUACAGAAUCUCAGGACACUACGGAUUAAGAAUAAUCGACUCAAGAUUAUCCCAGUUGGGGUGUUUUCUGGCCUUUCAAGUCUGCGCUGUCUGGAUUUAAGCCAGAAUGAGAUACUGGUCUUCCUGGACUACACCUUCAAAGAAUUAGUGAACCUGCAAACACUGGACGCCGAAGAGAAUGACUUGGUCUUCAUCUCCCAGCGGGCUUUCUUUGGUCUGCAGAAUCUGCAGGAGCUCAAUUUAGAUCGCAGCAACCUGACCUCGGUUCCUACAGAGGCAUUGUCCCAACUUCAGAGCCUGACCCGUCUUCGCAUGCUACGCCUCACCAUUUCUACACUCCCCAACAAUGCUUUCCGACGGCUACACCGUCUUCGUAGCCUCCUGAUUGCUAACUGGCCAUCAUUGGACAAUGUGGCUAGCAACAGCCUGAUCAGUCUUAAUCUGACCUCACUUGUCAUCAGCAGCUGCAACCUAAGUGCUGUUCCUUACUCAGCAUUUCGUCAUCUGGUGUAUCUUCGCUACCUGGACUUGUCCUAUAACCCCAUCACUGUUAUCCAAGGUAAUCUGCUAGGUGACCUCCUGAGACUCCAAGAGUUCCAUCUAGCAGGGGGGAGCCUGCUCAGAAUAGAGCCAGGGGCCUUUAGAGGACUGGCCUACUUCCGCAUGCUCAAUGUGACCUCCAAUCAGCUCACUACUUUGGAGGAGAGCGUUUUCCACUCUGUGGGGAACCUUCAGGUUUUGCGGUUGGACGGGAAUCCCCUAGCAUGUGACUGCCGGCUUCUCUGGGUGGUCCGUCGUCGAUUGCGCUUGAACUUUGAUGGACAUCAGCCCUCUUGUUUGUCUCCUGAUGCAGUGAGACAGCGUGAAUUCAGAGACUUCUCCGAAAAGGAGCUCCCGAGACUCUUCACCUGCCGCCCUGCCCGUAUAAUGGACCGCAGGCCGCAGGAGGCGAGAGUAGAGGAGGGCACAACAGUUACCUUCUCCUGUAAGGCUGAUGGGGAUCCUUUCCCCUCUAUCACCUGGAUCUCAUCCCAUAAGCAUGUGGUUUCUCCAACAGGACGAAUCCGAGUUUUGCUCAAUGGGACUCUAGAAGUGCGUUAUGCCCAAGUUCAGGACAGUGGCACAUAUCAGUGCCUGGCGGGUAAUGCAGCCGGCAAUGACAGCCUGACUGUCGGUCUGUACGUGAAGGGGCUCCCUCGUAACCGAACCAUCCCCUUCUUCUCAGAGGAGGGCUGGGUAGAGCCUUCAAACUCCCAAGCUGCCAACUCCUCAGCUCAAACGGCCAAACCGUACCCGUUUGACGCAAAGACCCUGAUCAUCGCCACCACCAUGGGCUUCCUGUCUUUCCUCAGCUCAGUGGCCAUCUGCUUUGUCUUCAUGUUCUUCUGGAGCCAGAGCAAAGGUCAGAUCAAGCACACAGCAACAAUUGACUUUGUUCCGCGGUCUUCCAUGGGUGGUGGAGGGGACACAGGUGACGGUGGCAGGUUCACCAUGAAACUUAUUUAAAGCCAAGGAAGAGGUGAAAGGGGCCUCCAUAUUGACUGAUUUAUUUUGCACUGUGGACCCUCCCUAUUGGAACACUCAAGGACAGAGACGAUUCAGAGGUCUCUUUUGAAGGCAAAUCAGAGACAGUUUGUUGGGCUUGUGCUAGCCCUCUCCUUAUUUAAGAGUGGAAUGUUACAUCUCAGCGCCCACUUUUCUAAUGAAUGAAUAUGUCAUGAUCUUGGAAAUGAAAGAUGUAACAGAUUGUCGGCAGAGCCCUCUCAUGGUUGCUGUGCACGGGUUUAAUU